AGGAUUAUAACAGGUGAGAAAGGGAGUGAGAGCGACAGAAGGAUAGGAGAACACGGCGGCUGGAGUGGAGGAGAAGAAACGAGAGAAAGCAGUGAGAGAGAAGAAAGUGCGCCUCGAAACCCUAGAAAAUCUCGAAGGAGGCGCAGAUCUCCCGGAUCCGGAUCGGUCUUGCUUCCCGGAAAUUUCGCGCUUUUGGUUUCUCGCGGGAUCCGGCUCCAGAUCGAGGGCUUGUUCGUGGGGUACGGGGGAGAGAAACUCGCGGGAGGUCCAGAUCGGUUCCUGACCGCUGCCGCGGGCUCUUUCUCCGGUCUGGUGGCGGUCUGGUAGGGUUUCUCUCGCUAUGUUGCUCUUUUGGUGGCGGAUUUCGAGUUAAGUGGGGCGGACCAGGAGAUUGUUUGGGGUUUUCAGGGGCAGGGCGGCUGUUAUCGUCUUCUGCAACUCUCGGUGGAGAACGCGGCUUUUUGUUGGUUAGGCUUUUGGAGUCUCAGCUCCGAUCUCUGUAUUCGAGCCAAAGGAGUUAGAUAUUUGUGACCAUUUAGCUUUAGUGUUUGCGCUCCAUUUCGUCGUUUCUGAGCCUGGUCGUUUGGUUCGAAUCGUUGUCACCUAGUUGGUAAAAGAGGUAGUUCUCCACUUGAGAGACUUGGAAGGGAAAAGUCCGAAGUGAUUGAGAUAACGUUUGAAGGUUUUGCUUGUGUGGUUUGUCUUCGACCUAUUGGGACUCGGUCCUUGCUCUGGUGCAUUUGGGAUUUGCUACCUGGAAACCAUGUCGUCUUUGAGCAGGGAAUUGGUUUUCCUGAUACUGCAGUUCCUGGAUGAGGAGAAAUUCAAAGAAGCAGUUCAUAAGUUGGAACAAGAGUCAGGCUUUUACUUUAAUAUGAAGCAUUUUGAAGAUCUAGUUCAGGCAGGGGAAUGGGAUGAAGUUGAAAAAUAUCUUGGUGGUUUCACCAAGGUUGAAGACAAUCGAUACUCGAUGAAAAUAUUCUUUGAGAUUAGGAAGCAGAAGUAUCUGGAAGCACUUGACAGGCAUGACCGAGCUAAAGCUGUUGAGAUACUCGUGAAGGAUCUCAAGGUUUUUGCUUCUUUCAAUGAGGAUCUCUUCAAGGAGAUUACUCAGCUGCUUACCUUGGAGAAUUUCAGGCAAAAUGAGCAGCUUUCCAAGUAUGGUGACACAAAAUCAGCACGAAAUAUAAUGCUAAUGGAGCUUAAAAAGCUCAUUGAAGCUAAUCCUUUGUUUCGUGAUAAGCUAACAUUUCCACCAUUUAAGUCUUCUCGGCUGCGGACUUUAAUCAACCAAAGUCUGAAUUGGCAGCAUCAGCUUUGCAAGAAUCCACGCCCCAACCCUGAUAUUAAAACACUUUUUACUGAUCAUUCUUGUGCCAUUCCUACUAAUGGAGCACGUGGACCUCCCCCGACAAAUGGCCCACUUGUGGGGCCUAUUCCCAAAUCUGGGGCAUUUCCUCCACUGUCUGCUCAUAGUCCAUUCCAGCCAGUUGUCUCUCCACCUGCAAGUGCCAUUGCGGGGUGGAUGACGAAUGCGAACCCAUCAUUAUCACAUGCUGCUGUGGCACAAGGCCCUCCAGGUCUGGUUCAGCCUCAAACUACAGCUGCUUUCUUGAAGCACCCAAGGACCCCAACAAGUACUCCUGGUAUGGAUUAUCAAACUGCUGACUCGGAACACUUGAUGAAGAGAUUACGUACAGGUCAAUCAGAUGAGGUGUCAUUCUCUGGAUCAAGUCAUCCACCUAAUGUUUACUCUCAAGAAGAUAUUCCGAAAACUGUGGCACGGACUAUCAACCAAGGUUCUAAUGUCAUGAGCUUGGAUUUUCAUCCAAUUCACCAAACAAUUCUUCUAGUUGGAACAAAUGUUGGUGACGUUAGCAUAUGGGAAGUUGGAACGAAGGAAAGGAUAGCACACAAGACGUUUAAGGUUUGGGAUAUUGGAUCUUUUACUGUGCCUCUGCAGUCAGCUCUCAUGAAAGAUGCUAUCGUAUCUGUCAAUCGAUGCUUGUGGAGUCCUGAUGGAACUAUCCUUGGUGUUGCAUUCUCAAAACAUAUUGUUCAUACAUAUGUUUUUAGUUUAAAUGGAGAGUUGAGGCAACAAUUGGAGAUUGAUGCUCAUGUGGGUGGUGUUAAUGACAUCGCUUUCUCCCACCCUAAAAAGAGUUUAUCAAUAAUCACAUGUGGUGAUGACAAGACGAUUAAGGUAUGGGAUGCUGCGACAGGGCAGCAGCAGUACACUUUUGAGGGCCAUGAAACUCCUGUAUAUUCUGUGUGCCCUCACUAUAAGGAGUCUAUUCAGUUUAUCUUCUCAACUGCUAUUGAUGGGAAAAUCAAAGCAUGGCUUUAUGAUUGUUUGGGAUCCAGAGUUGACUACGAUGCUCCUGGACAUUGGUGCACAACAAUGGCAUACAGUUCAGAUGGGACAAGGCUUUUCUCUUGUGGAACUAGUAAAGAUGGUGACUCUCAUCUGGUUGAGUGGAAUGAAACUGAGGGAGCUAUUAAGAGGACAUACUCUGGCUUUAGAAAACGCUCUUUAGGGGUUGUUCAGUUUGAUACAGCUAGGAACCGAUUCUUGGCAGCUGGAGACGAAUUUAUGAUAAAGUUUUGGGAUAUGGACAAUAUUAAUAUACUAACUACUACUGAUGCAGAUGGUGGAUUGCCUGCAAGUCCUCGCUUGAGAUUCAACCGAGAAGGCUCAUUACUUGCAGUGACAACAAGUGAUAAUGGAAUUAAGAUCUUAGCAAAUACUGACGGCCAAAGGUUGGUAAGGAUGAUGGAGGGUAGGGGAUGUGAGGGAUCUCGAGGCCCUUCUCAACAGAUUAGCACUAAUUCAAAGCCCCCAAUUAUAAAUGCACUGGGAGCUGUUUCAAAUGUUUCUAGCCCUAUAAUAGCUACUCCUGAGCGACCAGAUCGAACCUUACCUGCAGUAUCAAUGAGUAGCUUGGCUGUUGUGGAAAGUAGCAGGACUACUGAUGUUAAGCCAAGAAUUCCUGAAGAUACUGAAAAAAUCAGAAGCUGGAAGUUAGCUGACAUUGUUGACUCUGCUCAUCUCAAAGCCUUGCGUUUGCCAGAUUCCAUGACUGCGAGCAAGGUGGUGCGGUUGUUAUACACAAACUCUGGGUUUGCUGUAUUGGCUCUUGGCUCUAAUGCCAUUCAUAAGUUGUGGAAAUGGGUGCGUAAUGAGCGAAAUCCUUCUGGCAAGUCAAAUGCAUCUGUUGCCCCUCAGCUGUGGCAGCCAUCAAAUGGUGCUCUUAUGACAAAUGAAACAACUGACACCAAUCCCGAAGAAGUGACUCCAUGUAUUGCUUUGUCAAAGAAUGACUCCUAUGUAAUGUCUGGCUCUGGUGGCAAGAUUUCAUUGUUUAACAUGAUGACUUUCAAGGUCAUGACAACUUUCAUGGCACCCCCACCUGCAGCCACCUUUCUGGCAUUUCAUCCUCAGGACAACAAUAUCAUUGCCAUUGGAAUGGAGGAUUCUAGUAUUCAGAUUUAUAAUGUACGAGUUGAUGAGGUUAAAACCAAGCUCAAGGGUCACCAGAAAAAAAUAACUGGUCUUGCAUUUUCCCAGACAUUAAAUGUGCUUCUCUCUUCUGGAGCUGAUGCUCAGCUAUGCAUGUGGAGUAUUGAUGGAUGGGAGAAGAAAAAAUCACGAUUCAUCCAGGCACCAGCUUCCCGUGCAUCUCCACUAGUUGGGGACACCAAAGUUCAGUUUCAUAAUGAUCAGACACAUUUCUUGGUCGUCCAUGAAAGUCAACUAGCAAUCUAUGACAGCAAGCUCGAGUGUUUAUGCUUGUGGUCUCCUAGAGAUGUGUUGUCAGCACCAAUUUCAAGUGCAAUAUACUCUUGUGAUGGUCUAUUGGUGUAUGCUGGAUUUAGUGAUGGUGCCAUAGGAGUUUUCGAAGCAGACAGCUUGAGGCUUCGGUGCAGGGUUGCACCAUCUGCUUAUCUAUCAUUGUCCAUUCAGAGUUCUGCAGCUGUCUUUCCCAUGGUGAUUGCUGCUCACCCAUCUGAACCCAACCAGAUAGCCCUGGGAAUGAGCGACGGCGCGGUCUAUGUUCUCGAGCCAUCAGAUGCUGAUCUUAAAUGGGGAUCAGCACCUCCCCAGGAAAACGGCGCUCGCCCAUCCAUCUCCAAUCCGGCUUCAAACAGUAACCAGACAUCAGAACCCCCUCCUAGGUGAUCAUAUAUAUAUAUAUAUAUAUACACUUUAAAUUUAUUUCUAUUGAUGAAGAGAUUAGGUGUUUCUUCAAAGGGCUUAAAAGGAGAGCAACAUCUCCAAAUACGACUCUCAAGCUGCACGUGUUUCUUCUCUGUUCUGGGUGACUUGUUCCCUCCCACUUUGUAAAGCUCCUCAUGAUCUAACUUGGUAUAGAUUUUUCAGAAACGGCUGGGGAGAUGUGUAAAUUAUACUGAUUGUGCUUCCCUAAUCUAGUUGGAUUUAGUUGCCAACUUUUAGGAUUGUUUUCCUCA